CGGCGGCCGCGCCGCGCCGCGCCCCCCCCCCCCCUCCCCGUUCCCUCCUUGCUCCGCUUCUCUCCCUCCCCGUCCAGCACCGAAGACGGCGCCGGGGCCAGCGCCGAGGGCUGCGGGGCCGCGGGGGCCGUGUCCCGGCUCGCCCACCCGAUGGGCAAGGAGGAGCCUGCGCGGGGGGGGGCCCGGCAGCAACUUCGGCGGGGCUGAGGCUGCGGCGCCGGGACGGCGGCGGCGGUGCUGGCGGCGGGCGGCCCCCGGUUCUGUCAUCCGUGAUGGCGUCAGCUCUACCCAGAACCCUUGGGGAAUUGCAGCUGUAUCGAAUACUACAAAAAGCAAAUCUCUUAUUCUACUUCGAUGCCUUCAUUCAGCAGGGUGGCGAUGAUGUCCAGCAGCUCUGUGAAGCAGGUGAAGAGGAGUUUUUGGAGAUAAUGGCUCUCGUAGGCAUGGCUAGCAAGCCGCUUCACGUUCGAAGGCUGCAGAAAGCUUUGAGGGACUGGGUCACAAACCCUGGUCUUUUUAACCAGCCUCUCACUUCCUUACCGGUCAGCAGCAUUCCAAUAUAUAAACUGCCAGAAGGGUCUCCUGCGUGGCUGGGGAUUUCCUGCAGUAGUUACGAGAGGAACAGCAGUACCCGAGAGCCUCACCUGAAGAUCCCCAAAUGUGCUGCCACAACUUGCGUGCAGAGCGUGGGGGCGAGCAAAUCCGAUGUGGUGGGGAGCUUAUCGCUACAGAGCGGCAGUGAGCCCAGACUCUGGCAAGGACACCACACUACAGAGAGCGAGCAUAGUCUUUCCCCGGCUGACCUUGGCUCUCCGGCUUCACCAAAGGAAAACAGUGAGACCUUGGAUGCCGCUGCCGCUCUCUCAGUUGCUGAAUGCGUAGAACGCAUGGUUCCCUCCCUGCCCAAAAGUGACUUGAGUGAAGUCAAGGAGUUACUGAAAACAAAUAAGAAACUGGCAAAGAUGAUUGGCCACAUCUUUGAGAUGAGUGACGAGGACCCUCACAAAGAGGAGGAGAUCAGGAAGUACAGUGCAAUAUAUGGCAGAUUUGACUCGAAAAGAAAGGAUGGCAAGCAUCUUACCCUCCACGAGCUGACAGUUAAUGAAGCAGCCGCUCAGCUGUGUGUGAAAGAUAAUGCCUUGUUGACCAGGAGAGAUGAACUCUUCGCACUAGCUCGGCAAAUCUCUCGAGAAGUUACAUACAAGUAUACUUACAGGACCACCAAAUCUAAAUGCGGAGAACGGGACGAACUGUCACCAAAGAGAAUCAAGAUAGAGGAUGGUUAUCCUGACUUCCAGGACUCAGUCCAAACACUCUAUCAGCCAGACAAAAUGCCACUUGCUUUGGCUAAAGGAAAGAGUGAAGACUCAGCAGCUCUUAACUCCCAGUCUGAAAAGGUAAUGGCAAAACAGAUGGAGCUUCUUUGCAGCCAGGCUGGAUUAGAGAGACGUCUUUCCGCAGGAUGUUACAGACAAAACUCAGAAGAGCACAGCCCCAAUGGCAUGUCAUUAGAUAACCUUGAUGGACAAGGUGAAAGACCGCUGAAUCUCCGAAUGUCAAAUCUUCCCAGUAGACAGUUGCAGCACAUUUCACUUGAUGGAGAGCAGCAUGUUGGAAAACCUCUGUGCAGCGAAUUGAUCCGGCUCUACCCCGGUGGUGAGGCAAAGUCCCAGUCCUCGGAAGGCCUUGGUAUUCUAAAGGAUUUUCCUCACUCGGCUUUUAACAACAUAGAAAGGAAGGUCAUAAAAACAGAACCUGAAGACACAAGAUAGUCAUCCUGCUCUGGAAACCAGAGUCAUAAUAAGGAAUGAAACUUCAGAAGAGAAAAAAACAAAAAAAAAAAAAACAAAAAACAGCCUUAAUAACCAGUGUUGCCUCAUUCAAAUAAGAGAUUUCAAUAGCCAAAGCCUAAGAACUGGUACAGUAAUCUGUGGAAACAGAAAAGCAAGAGACACUGCAAACUAAAACAGUAAUACAGGUGGAUAAACAUUCCUGUUAAAAUGGUUUUAUAACGUGGAAAGAUUCACAAAUUAAUAUUGUGGGUCUACAUUAUUUAAGAAUGUAUUAUGUAUUUGUAUAACUUAUCAAAGUAAAUCUAGAUGUCGGGACGUGUAUAGAGUCCAGUAGAUGUGGCUACAGUUCAUUUUACUUGAAAUUUCAAUGUCUACUUUAAGUGUACCUAGCGUAGAUAUGGUUGUUAAACAUUUGAAUUAAAAAUCCUUGGAGAAGUAGGAAUGCGAACCUCGUGACACAAUUAACAGCAAGUUUGCAACAAUAUUUGUAGAAAAAAAAAAAGGAAAAUGCAUAAAAUAUUUCAUGGUUUAAAAUGUUAUGUGGAUAUAGCAUUUAAUAGACCUAGACCCGGAUUCUGUAUUAUAGCGGACUUACUUGACACUUAACUAUCGUUACAUCACUUUUAAUGGUUUCAGCAGCCUUCGUGUAACACACUUAUAGUACAAUACCUAUCUACAGUUCAGGAAUGUAGAAAAUGCCAAUUAGAGUAUGGAAGGGUCCGUAUGAUUGGCUCCCAGUUGGUUGUGAACAACUGCGGUUUGCUAUACUGUACAAUUACUGAAGUCUCGGCUGGUAGGAAACCCAAGAGACAACGUAGCAUGGACAGGGUUGCAAAAAUUGUGAUUCAGACCAUUGUAACUUUUUGGACUUCUCUGUGGAUCUUUAAAAAAUAAUAAUAAUACUAAAAUGCAUCCUAGGUGUGGCAAAACUGAAAUAUGAUGCAGGAUUUAUGCAUCAGUGUAAAAGGUUGCACCUGAUAUCCAGAAACCAUAAGAUCUUUUGGAGGAGAGAGACAAGGGGUAACGUCUUUAUAUGUGACUCCUUAUUAAGUGCUGUCCAGCCCACAUGAUUCUAUGAAUAUACCGUAUACUGCAUACAGUAUGCCAAUACGUUUCUUUAUAUAUGUGUUUAAUUAACAUCUGUAUUCUUUAUUUAUUUGACAGUUUUUAUUUUUUGUACAUUUUCACUUUUUCAGAUGUCAUUUUAUCUACAGAAAAACAGUUGGCUUGUAACUUUGGGAUUUACCAUGCUGUGUUUGUGUGCAUCCAUUUUUCCUCCGUGCACCUCCCACAACAAGGGUUGCUUUCCUGCAGUCGAGUAGUUAUAUGCCUUAGUUUCUGAAUACAGUUUUUGCCUACAGUGCUUUCUGGAGGGGCAAGGGAGGGCUGAAGAAAGUAAGUUACCAUGCAGUGGGUAAAAUUCCAUGUUCAGGUGUGCACUUCAUGUCUGCAGUUCGCUCUGUGUCAUAGGUAUGUGUUAAUAAUUCAGUCACGGUCUAUGUCGUACUGAAGUGAUCAGCAAAAUGUGAGCUGAAAUGUCUUCACUGCAGUCUCUUAUCACUGUAAACAUAUCUAAUUAUUUUAUCACUUCUGAUUUGUGGAACAAAGCUUUAUAGUAGAAACACCAGUAAACAACUUUUUAUACUAUUAAAAUGUUUGUUUUUUUAAAAAAAAUUGUUUCUUGAACUGUAUGGUACUGUUUCACUCACCGAAGUAUCUUACUUCAAGUGAUGGAGUUUGCAGCUUUGCUGUUAGAAAUAAGAGAUUGAAUGUGUAGUUAUAUUUCCUCUUUCCUGUUGUGUGAGCUAGUUAAUAUGGAUAAGAUAUUUCUUCAGUUUGUAAUGUUAGCUGGUGCACUGGUUAGUAUCUGAGUAGUUUUCAUGAGAUGUGUCUGGAAUUGUUAAAGGACAGCUGAAGGUUUGAACUGUACAGCUUGAGUAAUAGAACGGAUCGAGCAACAAGACUAGAGAGAUGCAGGAAACGUGCUCCUUUUUCAACAUCUCAGCAGUUGUGCAUGGAUCACAGAAGAAGCUCUUAAGCUUGCUGGUCUUUUCAGUUGAAGUGAGAGGAAGGAAAAAACUUGCUAAGCAGCACGCUGUUUCAGUCGAGUCCAGAAUUUAUUUUGUAAACACUAAUGUAUUAAAUUUGCUAUAAAUUAAAGUAUAUAACGGUUAUACUUCCGAGUUGUAAAUACAGUACUUUGUGUCACAACCAGCUGGUUAUCUCCAGAAUGAUAUUUCAGUUCAUAGUCCAACAGACCAUUUCAGUCUCAGUUAGCUGGAAGCAAUUCUUUUUUACUGGUUUGCAGCUCAAUGAUUUAUUUUUUUUCACCCAGAGAGAGGAGGGGGGGAGGAGGGUUAAUACAUUCCAAGAUUGCACAUGAGUUUGGUAAUAGCAAAUAUUCAAGUGUUGGUCUUUCCACGACAAAGGUCUUGGUGGACUGCAACUUCGGCUAGUCUCUGGUGAAGGUUCACCUUCAUCACCUGCUCAUGGAAGGGUUGCUAGAUUCAGGGUGCUCUGGAUCAAAGGCCAGCCCUGCAAACGAUGCCUGUUCUUAUUCACAUGUUUAUAUUGUUGCUUACCAAAUAAAAGUCACCGUGAGAACUC